CAGCAAAGACAGAAGACGACUGCAAUCAAAGAAGUUCCAUAACGAAGAUGUUUCCUGUCACUUAAUGGACUUUUUAUUUGAAAUCCAACAGCAAGAACAAUGGGAGACCUACGUACGAUGCAGGUGUGCCCAGCAUACACCAAACACCAGGAACCGCCCAUGCAAGAGCCAGCUGAAUCUUGGUCGAAGCCACGCUCUUGGUUCUGCUUGCAAUUCGUAAGCAAUUAUUCAGCAAGAACAUCCUCCCUGUAUGCCACGUUUGCCUUCAAGAGCAUUUUCGUCUACUAGUUCCAACCUCGCUCGUGGUGUCUUUUUGCUGCCUCCACGGAAUCCUUCCUAUCCCAGUAUGAUUCCUGGCGAGACUUGGGUUGUCCUUGCCUCGCCUCCAAGCAGCCCACUGCGAUGUACCUUGGUUGAGUCAAGGCUCGCUUGGAAGCCAGCCGCGGAACCUCAUGGAGUUAAUCCCGUGGCCAGCGAGCUCACAACAGGCUCUCUUGAAAAGGGACUUGAGUGGGGAUUCCGCGAAUCUUCAAUACACGACUUACCCUGGCUUUGGCUUUAAGAUUCUUGAAAGUUGUGAUUGUGCGCCACCAGAGUCAGAGGAACAACUACUUGUUAACGCCACCACCAGUCAGAUUCGUAAGGACAACAAUGGCAGUGUGGGUUGGUUAUUCUGCAGGUUCGGCCUCGUUUUACCAGAACAUCGAUCGAGAGUACAUGGAGAUAUCGAAACUUUGUCACCAGUCUCUUCUCAAGCCAGCCAGGCCUGAUUUGUUCAAUUGCUACAUAGCUUAGUUAUUGUGGUUUCUAACCAAUUAGGCUUCCACUUCAUCAACAGACGUAUGAUGGUUUUGUCACUUGUAAAGUAACUGAUACUGAGUGGCAUUUUCAAGCAAUACAUUCUGCUCUAUUUUCCACCUACCGGUAAAUGAAGCGGCUCCUGACACCAACUUGUCAUAUAAUUCUUGGGUUAUCUUAACCAUAAGGCUAAUAUGAAUUUUCUCAACCCUACAUACCAAUUCCACAGUCGUUCUUACUGUACAAAUCCAAACGGUCGCCUACCCGCCCUCCUUCCUUCGCCCACUGAUUAGCGUCCAACGAGAAGAAACAACGGCGGAAGCAAAGUCUUUGUGUUGUUGUGGUUCCCCAAAGAAAGAGACACAACAGAGAAAGAACAACGGCCCACAAUCCAUUACAAUAGGGUAUCAGGCAUCAAUCCAACAACCCUCCCCAAGUUGCGUUGUUGCGUUGAGUGGAACUGAUUGCUGCCGCCAUCUUGCGAUUGUAGAGAUUCGACAGAAACGUAACGGUGAAACGGCGACUGACACUCGGGUUCACAAGAACACCGCAACGAUCGAACGAAAGAAAACGGUCAUUGUCCACCCAGUCAAGCCAGAUUGGUAGACUAGUCGUUGGAUCCACAUAUAUUAUCAUCUUGUGAUCUGCUACCGUAUUACGGUAUCACCAUGACCAAUUCGGAUCAAAGACGAUCGUCUCCUACCGAAGACACGGGAGACACGGUGCCUCAUCCACCUUCUCCCAACGAAGCCGUGCUAGUGGAACAAGCCGUGGAACAAGAAUACAGCGGCGACGAUCUCUCAGAUGACGAUGAUGACUCUCAGGAUGGGGAUAUGGAUUAUUCCAAGAUGGACGCAUCCAAAAAGAAGCGAAAAGUCAAAGUCAAAAAGAUUGCCAAGGCAGCCAAGCGUGCCGUGGUUCCCAAAAUUGAACCUCUUCCGUGGCAAAAGUUCCUGGGGCUGAGUCUGCUGGUGGCGAUGCCCUGUAUUCUGUACAUUAUCUGCUUUUCCGCAAUGGGAUUUGGAUUGGAUUGGUUCUUUUAUCUGGAUGGAAAGUACGGUGGAGAGUACACUUCUUUGGUGGGCGGACUGACUGUGAUUUGGUUCUUGCUGUUGUACAUGAUGGAUGUGGAUUCUUGGGUAGAACGUCCCUGGAUACAACGUCUCUGCGGGUUGAUCUUUACUGUGGGGUUGUUCUUCACGGUCAUUUUGAUGAUUGGAGAUUAUCCCUAUCUACCCAUUUGUCUAUUUGCCGCAUUGACGCCCCUCUGGCUCAUUUCGGCAAAUCAUGUCAUUCGAGCAGCUCAUACCAGGGUCUAUGUGGGGUGGUUAUCAGGACCCUUGUUCUGUGUGUCAAUAUUCAUCAUGACCGUAUGGAUUGUCUGGGUAUUUAUGGACGAAACACACGAAUACAAUCAAGUCACCAAAGUGGUCUUUGCACAGGCUACGGGAUGUGAGCCCAACCUAGUAGACUUCCCAGAAUGUGCCAAUGAUUUUGCACCCAUCACACCAGCACCCACAUCAGUCAACACCACGUCCUCCAAUGUCACUCGGCACUUGCACGUUCUCCCAAAUGGUACUUAUUACCACCACAUGGACGAUUACACUGCGUCACCCUUUACUCAAAGCCCAACAACCCCCAGCCCGACACCCGCAAUAUACAACACUCCCGCCAGCUCUCUGGUUUGUUUUGAUGUCGUGAUACAUCCACCCGCAUUUGGUUUUCCCGCCGAUCAAGUUUGCGACCCUUCUUGUCCCACCGAUGUCUACUCGGAUUGUGCCAAUGGAUUCAUUCUAUGGGCCGGACCACUGUUGGUCAGUCUGGUACUAUUCUUUUUGAGUUUCUUUUGUACGUUUUUACGAGCCGACAAUUCCGAACAGGAUAUCAUCAAUUUCGGAAAACUAUGGUUGUUUUUGCUAUUCACCGUAUGGCUCACGGCAUCCUUGGCCGGAGUCGCGGCGGGUUUGUCCUCGGUUCUGGUGGCCAUGACGUUGGCAUCCUUUGUCGGGUCCAUUAUCUUUGUGGCCAUGACACGCAGUCGAUUGGAAGGAAAACUGCAGGCAAAGCAAAUGUGGGGACGAGUGAACGAAAAUUAUGGUGCUUAUUUGGAUGCGGCAAGGGGAUUGUUCCUGCUGUUGUUUGCACCGUUGCUCGUGAUCUACGGGUUUAUGAGUGUCAUGAACCAAGCCGUGCGAAAGUUGGGACUGCCGUUUUCCAAACCACUCAAAACACCCGAAACGCAAAAGGACUUUUUAACCAAACGAACACGAAUUCAAUUGAAUAUGAUUCGAUCUUGGGAUCGAGCCAAAGUUGUGAGCUGGGGUGUUCUUUGGGGCAUCUUCUUCAUGGUGAUGGUGGUCAUUGUGGCACAAUUUACAGUACUAUUUCUGUCCUACUUGAUUGAAGUCACUUCGGCGUUGAGUGUGAUUGCCGUCACGGCCAUUUUGUGUGGGGUGGGUAUGAUCAUGUUUCUCCUCCCGCCCGUUCCGGGUGUACCGAUUUACUUGACAUUGGGCAUUGUCAUUCAGGGUGUGGGUCGAGACACACUUGGCAUUAUCGGGUGCAUGGCCUAUGCCAGUGCCGUGUCGCUGGGUCUCAAGCUUGUGGCCUGUACCGUGCAACAAAAGUUGAUUGGAGAAAACUUGGCCAAGUAUGUGUCGGUUCGUAAAUUGGUGGGGAUCAAUACAACUCUGAUCAAGGCCAUGCGGCUUGUCUUGGCUCAGCCGGGCAUGGGCAUUGACAAGGUCUGCAUCCUAGUUGGUGGCCCGGAUUGGCCUACGUCUGUCCUCUGCGGUAUCAUGGGGCUUGACUUGCUUCCGGUGUUGUUUGGUACGCUGCCUGUGUUUGCCUUGAUCUUCCCCACCGUUUUGCUGGGAUCCUUUAACUACAUGGCAGGCGCGACGCUCGACAAUGGAGAAUUGGAAUUCCCGUAUGCUGCCGUGCUUGGGACAGUUUGCACAGCAGUGACGGCAGUCGUGCAGCUGGCUGCUAUGAUUAUGGCGGCCUACUAUCUCGAACAGACAACAUCGCUGAGAGCCGACGAAAUUGAGGCAAUCGAAGACGAUGCAGAGGUAGCAAAACUGGAGAAAGACGAAGAGCAUCUCAAUCACUGCUACAGCGUUGUGACCCAAUGGGACGUGGUACCAAGAAUAUGCAAGCUGACGCUGUACGCAUCAUUCCUGGGCAUGGUAGUCAGCUGUUACAUGGUGCAAGUCUUUUCGGAUCAGUGCUUCGCCGAAUACGAGUUGACCGAUACAAUCGACGGGAAACUGGGUGGAAAAUGGUACAACCUGCUCACCCCAUUUGGGUGGUAUUCCGUCGUUCUCUUUACGAUUGCUUGUGUUUUGUAUUGGGGCUUUGUCAGUUGGGCCAGCGGCGAAGCAAAAAGGGAGGCGGAAAGAAACCCUCCCACCAAAGAACAACUGGAAGAGCAACCCCUGCCUGCGACAACUCCAUGAGUUACAUGAGGGGGAAGUACCGGUAUGUCUUGGGAACACGGUACUGAGCGACGGGAAUCUGUUGGUGAAACGUAGGUUCUGAAACCGUGACAACUUGUUUGGGUGACAGAUAGCUGACGGCAUAUGUAUGAUACAAAGGCUGAUCAAAGAACGAAGCAAAUGUUACGGCUGUAAAACUAGCACGACUAUAUCGACACCUGGUGGAGGUACCGCACUUGACCUGCAAGGGAGCCACCUCGCCAUGAGGCCAAUCGUCUUCUUUGUGAGGCGCAUGCUCCGAUGUACCGGUUUGGCGACUUCAGCUUCUAGCAUCGGCUGGAAAACGUCCUUGUGGGUUUUGGCACUUUCACUACAUUUAUCACUCUGUUCGUAAGCAUUGGCAACACUAUCCCGCCGUUGACACUGAUAUCAUGCAAAGCGUUCCUGCCGUUCGACGGCAAAUCGUUUUUCUUGGUGUCGCUCACGCCACGAACUUCGUCCCUGGUCGGGUAAUAAUCAUUGAUUCCACAUCAUUCAUCUGCCUCGACAAGAGUCUCACUUAGGCAUAUGCAUACCCCAAACGGAAACAACGGCGGUGAUGAUUGAGCAAAUCAUCGAAACGGCGCGUUCGCAACAGGUUGAUCAUGUUCUCCCGGUACACGGCGGUAUCCACGGCCUUUUCACGCGUAAACGCACGGUUCAAGUUGUCACCAGCCAGAAAUUCCGAAGUCGCCGGGUUUUGGAGAUAGUCUGUGAAGUUGUUCUUCAGUAGCUUGUAGUCACGAAAGCUCGUGUCAAAGUGCUGGCAAUACUCGUCAUAGUCGCGACAAGCAUCAGCUUUGAAGAUUGCAUUUGCAAGCUUUCGACACUUGCCUUGGAACGCGAGAGGGGUCUCGUCUUUCACAACGUAGUCGACGAAGGCCUCUUUCCGUUUGUAUGCGUAAUCAAUGCCGAAAAAUACAGCUUGGGACAUAUUCCCUUUUUCUACUAGGCAGUCGACGAACGGCUCGUAGAAAUGGCGAUCCCAAGGCCAACUAUUUCGGAGGUAGUCCUCCGACAUAUUUUUUUGGAUAUAGCGUCGCAAACCCACGACCGCUCGAAGGUUGCGGGACGGACAGCGCGGAAUGAGCUGUUCGCGAGGAGAAAGGAAGUUGUUGGCCGACAAUUGCGUGUACACCAGCUUUGCUCUGUCACAGGCCGCCGCGAUCUUCUUCGCGGAUGCGCUGCUCGGAGCCGCAAGCAGGUCGCCUAAGAUUGCCACGGACGGGCCCAUAAGCAGAGUGAAAAUCCCGUUGUCAUCAAACGUCCCUUCGAGCAUCAGCUGCUUCGAAGGAUUUUCAUACCCUUCUAGUGCUUCAUGCAAUUUCUCCAACACAGCUUGAACGCUUGCUUUCUUCUUUGCAGCCCGAGACUCAGUCUUUUGCUCUCGCUUCUGACGCUCGAGUUCCUUCUUGGCUGUUUGGAACCCCUCAUACUCUUCUUCAGCCUUGGUGUGAAUUGCAAUGAUCGAUUCUCGGUAGUCGUUCUGGACACUCUGGAGAAAUUCCUCUUCCAUCUUGACGAAGGCGUCCUUCUUGUCCUCAUCGCUCGUGUAGGAACAGAGGACUUGUUUCGCUUUGUGAGCCAAGAGCCAAGGACCAACCUGCUCUCCCGUAGCCGCUUCUACGAUAUCCUGGUUUGGCAAGUUGUAAAAGGCUUUGCCGUUGGCACAUAAAGUAUCGUCUCUCGAAUGAAAACACUUCGUGGUGAGGCCAAAUGUGCAGUCCUGGCACAGAGCUAUGCCGAGUGGACGGAUUUUUGUUUUCGAAAUGCUUUCGGCUUUGCGAGUCACGAGAUUGUAGUGAUGGCACAGCUCUCCUCGUUCACAGCGCUUGGCUUGUACAAUGCGAAGGAGACGAAAGGUGGAUGGGACGUGGAUUACUCCCAUCUGCACCAGUGUCAUGACGUCACCAAUGACGGCCCUGGACUUUCCACCCGCAAAGACGCUGGAGCGAAUGACAACCUCUGGUGUGAUGGCAUCCCGAAUGAAUUUGGAGCAUUUGGAUAAACUAUAGACUUGCAUUGGGUCGGCCAAGAAUGAAAGGAUUAGAUUCACCACUUCUGAAGCAAUAAUUUCGAAUGGUGGGUGGUUGCGUUGAAAGGCUUCCACUUUUUUGCGCUUGGCCUUGGCUAGGCGAGUGGACUCGGCUGCUUGUAGCGCCGCUUCGGCUUCUUGAGGAUCUAGAAGUUGGGUCUCAUCAUCGUCUUCAUCGGAGCUACGGCGCUUGCGACGGGUGGACACCAUGGUGGACUAUUUUCGGCGGUUGGAGAAGAAUGUCGAGUCACAGUAAAAUCAAUAUUCUCUUCUUUUUGCCAUGAGAUUCUUGCAAUGACAGCCCAACUACGCGACAAUACAAGUGUAGGAAGCUGCCGCUCCAAAGUUGUGCAGCAACACAACAAUACCGGCACCGUACCGUACAAUGGAAGGAAGGAGCCAAAAGCACAACAAUGACAACAAAAGCCGCCUCGAAAAAGGAUUGUGAGGGGCUUCUCUUUUCAAAAAAAAUGCAAAUAAAAUAAUUUUACCAUGCGCACAAUGCCCCAUGUGAAUGCAUAUUUGACCCCUA